CAGUAAGUUGAAGUAGAAGGUAACGUACGUACGUACACAAGGCACAAGGCAUUUUUGGGGAGGUCAGAACAGAGAAUCGGAAGCAUCUACAACAGGGCGGACGCACACGGUCCGUAUCGAGCGAAAGUAGCAGACAUUAUUGGAUCAGCGGCUUCGAAGCGAGAAAAGAAUACACGUUGCUGGAGUGGCCCUUCCGUGUUCUACGCUGGCAGAACCAUGUCCGCGAUCUGCGUAGGCAGUUAUUAAUCGGGAAGUGAAGCGUGUCCAGGGGUCAGUGUCUACGGCGGAGAAACACCCGUGAAGAAACAAGAAGACGAAGACAGAAAGUGGUUGUGUGGCAUUGAAACGAGGCAGCGAAACUCUCAAAGUGAUAACAUUGAAGCGUGAUAAGCGUAGGAGAUUGCACCCAGACGAAAGGGUGGAAAGAUUGAAGAGCUCAGCGAUAAAUAUGCACGUUGCCUGGCGGAUUAGCAGUUUUCCGAUGUGAAGAUUUUUGCCUCGAAGGCCGAUAUUAUGAAAUUUCACAACUACAGUAGUCCGCCAGAGAAAGUGAAGACACGAUCCGUCAGUUCAUCAUCGGAGCAGGAGUCCACACUUCUCGAGCAAACCACGGCACAACAGCGGCAGAAAUCAACAGGCGGCCAACAUCAGAUACAGCAGGUUAGCCUGAAAAAGAAAAUUACUCCUCAGCAACUGCUCGAGCUGCAGCAGCAGCGGGAACCACUGGCCAAGCGACUGCGCCUCGACGAGUCUGUUCCCGACGAGGUGGAACAGCAAUCGCCCCAGGGUGAGGACGAAAUCGACACAUCGGCCACAGAAUCGGAAACGGAAAUGGAUCAGAGUACAGAUAAUGAAAUGAUAGUCUCACAUCCUUCGCAGCGGUUAGAUGUCAACGCGUUGAAGGCGAAGGCCACGACAACGGCAAUGGUUGUAACGACAGAUGAUUCCGACUAUGGGCCAAAUGACAAACACGGUCAAAAGAAAGUUAAACGGAAAAUAGUCAGCAAACCGUGUAACAACAACACAUCGACGAAAGCGAAACUUCAGAUGGUGCAUGAAUUCCCCACGCUAUUCCUGGGGCUGAGGCGCAAUCGCAUUUUCCUAGUAAACUCCCUAGCGCAGACCUUCGAUCUGAACCAACGGGAUAUCAUCUUGACCCUGCGUAAAAUCAAACUAAACGAACACAAUGCUCGGUUAGCGAGCGUUUUUGGACUGACUGACAGCGAGGUGGACAUCCUGUUCCGAACGAGUGUGCCUAAAAUUGCCGACUGUUUGCGGAAUUUCAUCGUGUGGCCGGAUGAUGUCACCAUGAAACUGAACGUUCCCAUCUACCUGCGACAACACUUCAACAAAAUCCACCUGAUCCUCAACUAUCUUGUGGUGAAAGUGCGGCAGAACGCCGUCAAAUUCCUCUCACAAGCGCAAUCGGAAACGUCCUACUGCGAGGGAGACCAGUGCCACAAACUCAAAUACCUGGUUGCCUCCUCCCUAGAUGGCUGCGUAUGUUUCGUGUCGCGAGGAUUCGGUAUCCAGACGGAAGAUGACGCCGUCCUGUCGCAGUCCGGCUUUCUCACCAAGUUCAAAACCAACACGAACCUCAUCGCCGGCAAAAAUUUCCACAAUUUCGAAGAUCGCUUAACCAACGGCAACGACCACGAUCACGAGAACAAUAAUGGCGGAGGCGAAUCUGAUCUGGACCGAACGCUUCCCACCAGCGAAGAGGGCGACAACUUCGGCGAAAUCGUUUCCGAGAAGAUCAGCAAAAGCCGGACGUUCAAGCUGAAGAGUUACAUCGAGAGUGUGUUGGAAAGCUUCCAGGGGCACAUGAUUUUGUCGCCGAUGGCGUGCGUGGACGUGCGGUCCUUGGAACUGUUGGACGAUAUCGUGGUGAUCGUCGGGGCGCUCAUCAACCUGCAGAAGCAGGAGGUCGAAUAAAGAUGCUGUUGUUGCGACGCGCGUUUGUUUGUGGGUAUGUGUGUAUAUUUAGCAGGUUCAUGCCGGCCGGGCUGCCUUAGAUUGGGCACAUCUGAAACUCAAUUUCGCCCGUAGGAUCAGUGCUUUUAUUUUGUUGACGAUUUUUGUUCUUUACGGAAGGUUUAUUUAUCACUUUCUGAUACCCCGCGAUUUCGUUUAGGGCUAUUUUGGAUGGGGGUACGUAACCAGCACUUGUGGUUCGAGUACGCUAUGCCGUAUUGUAGAUAAUUUAUUAUAAUUAUUAUUAUUAUUAUUAACGUAAGUUUAACUCGAGUAGUAACGUCGUAAAUAAAGUUUACUAAUGAAAUCUAAA